ACAUGGCUGCAGAGGAAAUCUUCGUUUCUCUUAGUUACACUCGAAAACAAAAUGGCGAACGCCGAUGAACCCGCGGAGAAAAUAAAGAGUAAGAAGAUCUUUAUAAACCACCUGGAUAGCUUUCAGGGAAGAAAUAUAGGAAAGUAUUUAUCAAGAUGUGUGGUAGGAGCUAGCUUGGAGGAAGUUGAGGAAGAAGAUGACCAUUCAGUUACUUCAGUAACAGAUAAAAUGAAAGAAGGUUGCUUUGAAAUUGUUGGGACACUCAAAGACAAGGAAAAACCUAAGCCCGAUUUUGCCAAAGAGAUAAUAAUGUAUGAAAACAAAGACCAACUGUAUGAGUAUCUUGUUGAAUGUGAUAUUAUUAUCUAUGACAUCACUGAAGACCCUGAUCAGAUUGAUGAGGCUGUGUGGGCUGUAUCAGAAUUGAAUUCUGAUAUGGAUAAAAUAGACAAGUCAAAAGUAUUCAUCCUAAUUUCAACUUGCAUGACAUGGGCAAAAAGCAAGCCUCUUGAUCCAGAAGGCAAUGAAAUCGAUGAUCCUGAAAUUCCAUUUACUGAAGAUGACUACAGGAGAAGAAAACCUCAUCCAAACUUUAAAGAACACAUAAGUGCUGAAAAAACUGUUAUCAAGCUGGGCAAAAUAAAUAAGUCCAAAUUAGUGACUUAUGUAGUUUGCUCUGGCUUGACUUAUGGUGCUGAAGAGAAUAUAUUUCAUUAUCUUUUCAAGUCUGCCUGGCACAAUGCUCAGUUCCUACAGUGCUUUGGCGAUGGAAAAAAUAUUGUACCAACUAUCCAUAUUAAGGAUUUAGCAUCAAUCAUCCAGAAUGUUAUUGACGCCAAACCUAAAGUCAGAUAUAUUAUUGCCAAAGAUGAUGCUCAAACUACAUUGGAAGAUAUUGUCAAGACUGUGAGUCAGAACUUAGGAUCUGGUAAAGUGAAGUAUAUUACAAAGGAGGAAGCUUUGCUGAGCAAAGACAUUGAGCAAGCUGAUUUUGACAUGCUGCUUGUAAAUUUGAGAAUGGAUGCUGUCUUUGUUAAAGAAAGCAUGCGUGUAAACUGGGUUUCAGAGCAAGGCCUGAUUGAAAACAUCACCAGCAUUGUCAAAGAAUUUAAAGACACAAGAAGUCUUCAGCCUCUCAGAGCUGCCAUUCUUGGUCCCCCUGCUUCAGGAAAGACAACUGUUGCUAAGCAGCUGUGUGACCUAUUCAAACUACAUCAUAUACUAAUCAAGAAUGUCAUUGAUGAGGAGCUAGAGAACUUGAAAACCAAAGCCAAUAGGACCAAUGAGGAAGACAUGGAGGAAGACACUGAUAACUCAGCUCAAGAGGCCCAGGACCUGCUAGAUCAGAUCAAAGAAAGCCAGGAGAAUAACAAUGGGCGCAUCGAUGAUCACUUUAUCAUUCGAUUCCUUCGUGACCGGCUCAAGUCCAUGCCUUGUCAGAAUCAAGGCUUCAUCUUGGAUGGUUUCCCCAAGACAAUUGCUCAGGCCAGGGAUUUGUUUUUGAGUGAAGAAGAAGAAGAAGAGGGUGAAGGAGGAGCCAGAAACUACAACAAACAGAUCAUGCCUGAGUUUGUAAUUUGCCUUGAGGCCACAGAUGACUUUCUAAAGAACCGAGUCAUGAACCUGCCUGAGUCUGUUGUUAAUGGAACCCACAACACAGAGAAAGAGCUCAUCCGGCGUCUCUUGGAGUACAGGACUCAGAACUCAGAUGAUGAAACUGUGCUGAACUAUUUUGAUGAGCUGGAAUUUCAUCCAGAGAAAAUUGAUGUUAAUAAAGAUACUUCAGAAAUGAUGAAAGACACGGUAGAAAAAAUUAGAAAAAUUUUUGGCAGUCCCAGAAACUAUGGGCCUACACCUGAAGAGUUAGAGGAAAUGAAAAGAAUAGAAGAAGAGCAAAGAGAGAAAAGAGAAACAGAAGAGAAAGAAGAAAAAGCUAGAAGAGAAGCUGAAGAACUUCAGGAAAGGCGAAGAAGACAAGAGGAAUGGUCCACUAGGCUUAAUGAGGUGAAGAGAGAAGAAUAUGAACUGCUUGAGGCACAGUCUAUCCCCCUGCGUAACUACCUGAUGAAACAUGUGAUGCCAACAUUGACUCAAGCUCUCAUUGACUGCUGCAAGACAAGGCCAGAUGAUCCCAUUGAUUAUCUUGCUGAAUACUUAUUUCAACACAAUCCACAAAUUGAUUAGAGUCAUCUUGGAUCCUCAAAUUCUCUUAAUCUGACUACCAUCAUCAUUAAACAAGCAAAUACUAAUGUCUGAAAACAUG